AUGAAGUUUGGGAAAGAAUUUGUAGCACAAAUGGUACCAGAAUGGCAAGAGGCAUACAUGAACUACGGCUACCUGAAAUCACUCAUUAAAAUCAUCCAACAUUCCAAGCACAGACACAAGCCUCACCCGCACCACCACCGCCUCUCAUUGUAUUCAGCCUUUGCUGGCCUCACCAGAAGUCGGCACCACCAAGAACCCACUAGCCCGUCUUCCGAUAUCGAAAACCAAGCCAUCCUGGUCCAUGCUGUGAGAUCGGAUGGGGGCUCUCAUGAGAGUUACGAGACCACUUUCUUAAUGGCUGCCGAGGAAGGCGGAGUUAUGGAGUUGGAGUAUUUCAGAAGGGCAGAUGAUGAGUUCAACAAAGUUGAGAAGUUUUUUAGGGGAAAAGUUGCAGAGGUAAUGAAGGAAGCUUCUGCCCUUAACAAGCAAAUGGACGCUUUGAUUGCUUUUCGGAUUAAGGUGGAGAAUCCUCAGAGGCUGUUUGACUGGUCUUGCGAGAUGACUCGCCUGGCUUCGGAUGUUGCAGCUUCCACAGCUCAGUCGGCUGCUUCAAUUCCUAGAGGGGCCAAAGCAAGCAGACGGGAGAUGGAAUUUAUUGAAGAGGGUGGAUCGAGCAGCAGCCAAGGAGAAAAUUCUAGUGAAGAUGAUAAAGAUGAGAAAAGGAGAGAAGAUCAUAAUAUCGACAACCAAAAGCUUAACGUGGAGAAGCCAAACAGGUACAGAGGGGCUAUGCCUGCGCCACUAGAAGUACUAAAUCGUGUGACAAUGAAUCAAACGGUUGAGACUCCACGUUCGACUAUUAAAGGCUUCCUCAAUGUGCCUCAGCAGACCGAGCUCAAAUUCACCAGGGAAAAUCUCAAAAAAGUUGAACAACAGCUUAGAGGGGCUUUCAUCGAAUUCUACCAGAAGCUUAGGCUUCUUAAGAGCUAUGGCUUCUUAAAUAUAUCGGCAUUCUCAAAGAUCAUGAAGAAAUAUGACAAGGUUACUUCGAGAAAUACAUCGAAACCUUACAUGAAUAUGGUGGAUAACUCCUACGUUGGCAGCUCUGAUGAGGUUACCAAGCUUAUUGAGAGAGUUGAGAUUACAUUCAUCAAGCAAUUCUCGAACUCAAAUCGUAGAAAAGGAAUGGCGGUCUUGAGACCUAAACCGAAGAAAGAAAGACAUAGGAUAACAUUUUCCAUGGGUUGCCUUGCUGGUUGCACUGCUGCUCUCACGGUAACCCUUAUUUUGAUUGUACGUGCUCGCCAUAUUAUGGACCAUUCUGGGACGACCCAGUACAUGGAGAACAUAUUUCCCCUAUACAGCUUGUUCGCAUUUGUUUUCCUACACAUGGUUAUGUAUUCUGGGAACAUAUACUUCUGGAGACGGUACAGAGUUAAUUACACUUUCAUAUUUGGUUUCAAGCAAGGAACUGAAUUGGGAUACAGAGAGGUUCUCCUUGUUAGUUUUGGUAUGGCAGUGCUAGCACUAGCUGCUGCUCUCUCAAAUCUUGACAUGGAGAUGGACCCCCAAACUCAAGACUAUAAAGCACUGACCGAGUUACUUCCUCUCUUCUUGGUUUUGCUUGUAGUUGUGAUAUUGCUAUGCCCAUUCAACAUCGUUUAUCGCUCAAGUCGCUAUUUUUUCCUUGUUUGUGUGUUUCAUUGUAUCUGUGCUCCUCUAUACAAGGUCACACUGCCAGACUUCUUCUUGGCAGAUCAGUUGACUAGCCAGGUGCAAGCUAUUAGAAGCUUAGAGUUCUACAUUUGCUACUUUGGUUGGGGAGACUAUAAACACAGAAACACCACUUGCAGAUCAAACGAUGUUUUCAACACUUUCAGUUUCAUCGUUGCUUCUAUUCCAUAUUGGUCACGCCUCCUUCAGUGCAUCCGCCGCCUGUUUGAAGAGAAGGAUCCGCAGCAAGGUUACAAUGGAGUCAAGUAUUUCCUUACAAUAGUGGCCGUUAUCAUGAGGACAGCUUACAGUCACAAUAAGGAUGUAAACUUCAAAAUUCUUGCCGGGAUUUUCUCGAUUGUUUCAGCAGUGUAUUGUACAUAUUGGGAUCUUGUUGUAGACUGGGGUCUUCUGCAACGUAAUUCGAGAAACCGCUGGUUGAGGGACAAACUCUUAGUCCCCUACAAAAGUGUGUAUUUUGCAGCCAUGGUGUUGAAUGUGUUGCUGAGAUUUGCUUGGUUGCAGACUGUUCUGAAUUUCAACGUUGCUUUCAUGCAUAGACAAUCAAUGAUAGCAGUUGCGGCGAGCUUGGAGAUAAUCCGUCGAGGGAUAUGGAAUUUUUUCAGGUUGGAGAAUGAGCAUUUGAACAAUGUUGGCAAAUAUCGUGCAUUCAAGUCCGUGCCACUGCCCUUCAACUAUGAUGAAGAUCAUCACCAACACCACCAUUGA